GUAGGCAGGAAAGUGGUGAGGAAUAAUAACAACAUAGCCAGAUACUGUGCAGAUUAGGUUUCGGGGAGGUGAAAAUUUGUGAAAAAAUUAGUAAAACAUAGAAAAUGAGUGUUUUUUCGGUCGCUGUUUGCAUCUAAACGCUGUCGAGGAUGGAUUCCAAGAAGGAUAUCUACAAUUUAUGGGUGCAAUACACUACAAAGAAUGAGGAGAUCUUCUUCCGCCAAUUCAUCCAGGGCUUCGUCAGCAUCUGGAACGAACAGCUCUCGUUGGAUUACGAAAAUGUUCCGCACUGGGCACGCAUCCCUCCGGAUUCGGGGCCCCACCUGAGCCGACUUCCGGAUGAGUUGCUGCCCGCGAUAGAGAAAUUUUUGAUAAUCGCAAGAGAUAAAUUUGAAAAGGAUUUCAGUGGAGAAGAAGAAAAGGAGGAAGAAACAGUACUGGAAAUACAACUACUAGUGCAAUGCUUGACAAUAAUCUGUCGUCACUUUGACAAUAUUACAACGAUCAUAAAAUCUAGCUACAUAUCCAAUUGCGUAGCCCUAAUCAAUUCUAUAAUAGAUAAGCUAAACCAUCAACCAUCGCUAAGCUGCGAGCACCAGCGGUUCAUAAAAUGCUGCAACUACUUCCUGCAAGCACUGUACGACCCAUACUUAACCUGGAGGAACUUCCUCCGGGGGGAUGUGGCCAACUACGCCAAAUUGGGCUACAAAAUCUCGCCCCUGCAUCCCGAGAUCGUGCCAUUCAUCUACGAUUGCUUCCAGGCGAAGGGCAUUUGCAAACAUCCCGAUGUGGGCAAAGAGCUCUUUCACAUACUGGGGGCCGUGAUUGCUGGUUCACAGGUUGCUUUAGUACGCGUACCCAAGCAAAAUAUUAAUUCAUAUCACUUAAACAAUUCAACUGGUGACGGAGCAAAGACUGUGCACAAUGGAUUACGUGCCAUAAGCCCUGCUACCGUUAACAUUGUGAUGGAUAUCAUUUCAAAAUGGGAGAGCGACAGCGGCCUUCGUCAGCUGGUUCUCCAGUGCUUGACCUUGAUGGCAAUAAUACUACAAAAGUCUAGUCCUGAACAGCGCCAAAUCGAUUUGCUUACCAUUUUUCAACUCUUCAUGGGUGCCGUGCAGACUCUGCUCGAAGCGGACCACUUUCUACAGAAGGCUACACCGGCGGAGAACUUUGAACUCUCCCAGCGCGAUGACAAUUACGUUGAUAUAAAUUCGCUCACCGCGAUCAUCGACACGAUCGAACACUUUCUUCCCGAUUACGUGAACAAACAAGUGCUGUGCAAUGCCAUGUUUGAGGCCAAGUUUUUGACAACUUUGGUGCAAAUACCGGACCGCGUUAAGACGUGGAACAUUGAUCAUCAACCUCUGGGUUCGUCGUUGGUCAGGAGCAUCCACAAACUGUGCAGUAGCUCGGAGAAAAUUCACUACAAUUUUAUUCACACAAACAACAUCAACAUUCUGUUUGAUGGGCUGAAACUGUUUGGACGACCGUCGCAAAAUUUGAUAUGUGAUUGUUUGUACUUUGCGUUCGAUGGAGGCAGCAAUCGCAACUUGAACGCUCAAAUUGUGAGCAAGCUGAUCGAGUGGAUACCCACGAUGGCCGAGCCGGAGCAAAACUACAUCAGUGAUGUGCUGCUAAAGAAAUGCACGACUAAUUUGCAAAGCAAACAUUCCAUUAGCGAACAACGCAUCAUAAAACGCAUUGUGGAAAGUUGUCUGGUAGAUCACAACAAAUUGUCUGCAAAGUGUACAAUAAACCUGCUGAAACUGAUUGAAGAACUCGCCAAGCACAGUAUUCAUCCCAUAGAACUGAAGAGUUUGCUGAAGCUUUUGCGUCUCGAAGUCAAUUUCGAAUACAGGAAACACCUGAUCGAAGUUAUGUUGAAAGUUUCUCAACACCGCCUUUCCCUUGGAGUUACCCCAAAGGAAUACUUGGACAUUCAGAACAAUACCAAUGGGAUCACCAUUCCCGAGAUUCGAAAAUGGGACACGGCACACGGGUUUGUCUUUCAUUCAUGGAUACGCCUAGACAAAGAUUUCGAGCAUUUUGAAAGUGCAGAGGAGGAGAUAAAUUUGCAAAACUACCGACGUCAUCUCUUCAGUUUGACCACGAACUACGGAACGGGGUACGAAUUUUUCAUACAGAAAAACGGAAACUUUGUGGUCAGUGUCAUCACGAAGAAGGAGUUUUUCACAGCGACCGCCCAAUCAACGCACCUGCUCGAUGGUCGCUGGCACUCGAUAACCGUGAGUGUGGUGCCACCGAAGCGGCUCUUUUCAUACCAUCAAAUCAACGUGUACAUCGAUUCUGUCCAGAAGCUGGGUUCGACGAUGAAAUUUCCUGCAUUUGCCGAGGUUUUCCACUAUUGCGCUAUCGGAGCUCCGUACAACAACGUGCGCAAGGCAGCCCACACGUCCCAUCAGUCCAACACGGCUCGGAUGAAUACCACGCCCGAGACAAGCUCACCGCCGGCGGAACGAGAGGAAAAGCCAAAGGGAGGCCUGUUUCCCAACCUGAUGGAGAAAACGUUCCUGCCGGGGAUAGUUUCGCAGGUUCCCAGUUACUUUACGCUACCCGCGCGACAAUCGAGCACCACUUCGUUGGAUCCCAGCGUGAAGUCGUACCCAAUCGGGAUGCAGGACCUGGUGUUUGGUGAGGCCAUCUGCCUCAAGGGUCAGCUUGGGUGUGUUCUGCUGGCCGAAACGAACAUCAACUUGAAGAGCGUUUUCGAAGCUGGUCCAAGUAUUGCCAACGUUUUGGCAACGGACAUGAUUGAAUCCUUCGACAUGGCCUCGAAGUUUGUGUUCUGUUUUUCGCCCAGAGCAUGUUUCGAUGGAUUGUGUUUGGAUCUGGCCCCUGGAAACCAGUACAAUGGACAUGUCGUAGCCAGCUCAUCGGGCAUAGUUUCAAUUCAAAACGCAAUCAACGGGGUUGGAGGGAUGAGUGCGCUGCUGCCAAUCUUGGACAAUAUUAGCCAAAUACCGUCGUCGGACGUGCAUACUUCAGACGAGCUCAUCCCGCUUACGCCGUUGGCUUCACCAACCAGAGAGGAACACUUUGACGAUUGGGAAAUGCUGCAAACGCAUUCGCUAACGGAAUCCAAAGUAAUUCAAAACCCCAUUGCUUGUUUUAUUUGCUUGGUGCGGAACUUCAUUUACGGCAACGAACUGAACAAGGAAAGUAUCCUCAAAAACGAUGGAAUCCCCAUCAUUAGUCAGCUACUUCAGCAGUGCAGCGAAUCGUUGUUCGACGUCAACGUACUUAUGGCUGUUCAGCUGUUGAUAGAAUCCGUUCAAAACGAGAUGCCUUCUGCGCACAUGGAACUUCUGCACAUUCUUUACAAAGACUUGGUGUUUAACUUUCGCAUUUGGGCUCGAGCUCAGUUCCAGAUUGUUAUUGGACACAUUCAGUACAUCAGCACUAUAAUCAAAGAAGACCGGAAGUACUUUCGUAAGCAUUUCGGAACUCAAUUCUUGCUCGAUACCAUUCAAGAGUUUUUCGCUGGCACGUGCACUCUGCCAGCCCAGGAUGCAAAAAUGGUGCGUGAUUCACUGCUUCGUAUCUUGCGCUAUUACAUCCAGAAGGAGGUCAACAUCAAAGAGAUUUCAGCUCUACUUACCUUUCUGACCACCAUCAAGGUUGAACCGGUUGUGGUGGAAAUCUUAGAAAUGCUUACAACCCUGAUUGAGAGUAAGCACGUGAAAGAUCAAAUAUUUCUCCUGAUGUACGAACCACACAUGGCUGAAGCGCUGUACACAUUGUUUAUGGAUCGUCACUUUGGAAAUGAGGUGCACACGAGGUUGCUUAAGUUCAUCGGAGGGAUGUUGAACACGAAACGCAUUUCCAGCAAGCACAAAGCAGCGUUACGUCUGUAUGAGGGUUCCAUCGAGUGUAGUACGCUAUACCCGGGGUUGUUUUCGUUCAUGAUUCCGUUCGACUUGGAGCCGGAUGUUAUCCUGGGUCUGUUGGAUCUCAAUCUCUGCCUGGAUACGGAAAUGGGAUACGCUGGGGCGCUGUGCUUAAUCUACCAUGCAAACUUGGCGAAUUUAUCGCUCAAGCUGGAAAUCGCCAAGAGACUUAUGACGAGCACGUUCACCAAACCGAAAGCACCUCAAAUGAUUGCCAAACAGGUGGGCUGGCAGGAAUCGAUCGCUCGUUUGCUCAUCAAAAAGCCUGUCGAGAACAGGUCCUUGUCGGAUAAGGAAAAGGAGAAGGGAAACAUCCUCACAAACAUUGAGGAUAUAGUCAAGCAUGAAAGUGAAUCGUCAAUCGGUGGGGGUCCAAAUGAUUUGAUCGUGUUUGACGAUGAAACAAUGGAGCUGAAGGCACAGGAAACUCCGAAAUCAGCCAACUCGUUUAUGACGGAAGCAGCUUCGGUGAUUGAGAGUGAAUUUAAAGAGCUUGCCGACAGAGCUCAGGAAGCGGUGGUUGACAAUAUUACUUCGUCCAUAACUUCGGUGUAUUCGGUUCUUAGACAGAAGACUUCGGGUAUGCAAGACGCGUUCGAAUCGUUGACUUUGAGUUUCGAAGAAGUGUCGGGAAGGAAGAAGAGUUCGCUAUCAAUUUCAAGCAGCAGUGAGGAAAACAUUUCGAUGGAAGAAUCGCUGGCGGUGUCCUCCGUGAAAGAUGACACACAGUCAACCAGAAGUGCGGACGAUCUAGAUAGUACAGCAUCGGCAGCGGGUGCUGGUGGGCCCAAUUUGAAGAGUGUCGAUGAGAACGAUGAAGAAUAUCUAGUGUAUUUAGUGUCUAAUAUUCUGUUUACCAUUCUGUGGCGUGGAGUUGAAAAUACGAACGAUUCGUGGAAAGAGCGGGGACAAGUGAUGGCGUGCAUAAAUCUGAUAGCACUGAACAAUGAGUUGUACUGCUCACAUUUAACUCUUAGGUUGCGCAUUCUGGAAAUGGGAGUGCAAGCCGCACUGAUUGAUUUGGGAGAUAACGCACAGUUAGUUGUAACUCAUCAGCAGAAUGCCGCUCAGUUGCUGCGUUUGGCGUACGAUUUGGUAGUGCUUGAUCCAAACGAAGAUGCUCUGAAAAAGUGUUCGACAAAGUUGCUUGAUGGAGUGCUCUCUCUGCUGGAUAUUCUGAUGGUUUUCCAGCAGAGCAGUUCGGAUGAUUGGUCGGAAAUGUCCCACCUGUGUUUGGGACUGCUGCUAAAGUGUUCGCACAACCACAACUCGGACAUUGUCGCAAUGGCCACUGCAAAGCUUCAUGGACUGUUGCAGAACCGUAUCAAUCAGGAACCGGCAGAAAUAGCCUUUCUGCUGUACAGUAUGAAUCACGCCAUCAGUAGUGCAAUCGAGGUUGGCAACUCGGAACAGUAUUCAUUUUUGAUUCCGGUGCUGAAAGCACUGCUGGACAAAUCUCGCACAUCGCUAGGUCUAGCGACCAGCACUCCCGAUCUUCCGGCUACGUCAUCUGGACCUAUUUUCUUCCAAGACUUUCAAGUCUACUGCACCUCUAAGCAAUGGACCAGUUUCAUCGAGAAAAAGAUCAAACCGCUGUACACUUCCUACCAGAAAGACCUCUCUAACUCGCUGUGGGAACCGCUGAACACAUUUUGGGCUGAGUGUUACGAGUCGUGCAAAUUUUCGUCCCAGCGCCGAGCCAAGCUGCAGAUGGAGAGCCGUCGGAAGUUCCAGGAAAAAAUACUGAUUCCAUGUCGUAUACGGCAAUCGGAGGAGCUGGCACGUGUCAACGUGCAGCAAACCCAGCGGAAGGCCAGGGAAGCCCACGUCGGUAGACGGUGGCACACGUUGAAGCGGUUUCUGUACGGCUCAAAGGGCGCGUGGGCUAAACUCACCACCGAGGAGGAGUUUUGGCGGUUGUCGCACAGCGAGAAUAGUGUCCGCAUGCGGCUCAAGCUGGAGCCCGACCUGCAGCACGAUCCGCACACGGCCGCCUCGAACAUGCGGGACAACACGACUUCGUCAACGGCCCACAGCCGGCGAUUAUCCAGCGAGCUGGGCUCGACCAUUGCGGCGCCGGCCGCCCUCGGUGGCGAAAGCAUCGACGAGGACAUCCUGCUGCUGGAGGAGGAGCUGCGCAACAGUGCGGAACCGCAAGUACCCGAGACUUCAGGAAAGGAGAAGAUUGUAAUAUCGCAGGAGUGUGAGCUGAUAACGCUGAUGACCAGAGUGAAGGGACGAUUGGAUCUGACCACAAAUCAGAUUAUUUUCACGGAAAUGGGUGCGAUUCGGGACGAUGGCCAGCGGCAUGAUUUCAAAUUUCCACUGAGUCAGCUGAGGGAGCUUCACUUGAGGAAGUUCAAUCUGCGAAGGAGUGCGCUGGAAAUGUUUCUGGUUGAUCAGACGAGCUACUUCUUGAAUUUUACUACCAAAACCAGAAACAAAAUAUUCACCAAGAUUCUCAGCUUACAGCCACCGAAUAUUUUGUACGGCUCUGGGCGGUCGCCGGCGGAGUUAUUGAGAUCCUCAGGACUGACUCAGAAAUGGGUAAACAGGGAAAUAUCGAAUUUUGAAUAUUUAAUGCACCUCAACACAAUUGCUGGACGAUCGUAUAAUGAUCUUAGCCAGUAUCCGGUAUUUCCAUGGAUAUUGGCGGAUUAUACGAGUGAUAUUCUCGACUUGAACAAUCCAAAAUCCUUCAGGGAUCUCAGUAAACCGAUAGGCGUAGUCAAUCCAAAGAAUGAGGCCGAGGUUAGGAGUAAGUUUGAGAGUUUUGAAGAUCCAUCCGGUUUGAUUCCAAAGUUCCACUACGGAACCCACUACUCAAACUCUGCUGGUGUGUUGCACUAUCUGAUUAGAGUUGAACCGUUUACUUCGUUACACAUUGAACUUCAAAGUGGUCGCUUCGAUGUCGCCGAUCGCCAGUUUCACUCAAUCCCGCAAACGUGGAAACUUCUGAUGGAUAAUCCGAAUGAUGUGAAGGAGCUUAUUCCGGAAUUCUUCUACUUUCCGGAAUUUUUGAAAAACAUGAACAACUUCGAUCUUGGCAUUCUUCAAACCACAAGGGAACGCGUUGAUGAUGUGAUGUUGCCUCCCUGGGCCAAGUCAGCAGAAGAUUUCAUUGCAAUCCAUCGUCGUGCGCUGGAAUCGGAGUAUGUCUCGCAAAAUCUGCACCACUGGAUUGAUCUUAUUUUCGGCUACAAACAAAAAGGACCUAAAGCAGUGGAAGCAUUGAAUGUUUUCUACUAUUGCUCUUACGAAGGAGCUGUUGAUUUAGAUAAAAUAACGAACUCGGUUGAACGCGAAGCCGUCGAAGGAAUGAUCAACAACUUUGGCCAAACCCCCUCCCAGCUUCUAAAAGAACCUCAUCCCAAGCGACUAACGCAGGACGACCUGACAAUGAAGCUGUUAAAGCUUGAGUUGAAGAAACCCGAUCUAACGUUGAUUCUGGAUCGUGUCAACUGCAUCAACUGCGAGCUGGCCACGGACAAGGACCCGGUCAUCUACCUAAGCACUCCUCGAAGCCCACCGCGAUCAUUUCUGCAGAGCAGUCCGGACAUGUUAAUAUCGGUGACGAAAAGUGGCAUACUCGGCUGCCACAGCUGGAUGUCGUUCGACAAAGAGAAAGGAUUCCUGCUGGAAAUCGAUGCCACUACCUCCAACUUAAAAAACCGAAAAAGACUAGUCGGCCCGUUCCAUCCUUCGGUCAAUUUGAAUUCGAAUUUAUUUGCCGUCAGUAUCGAUGGCAAAUAUUUGUAUGCCGGUGGCAUCUGGGACAAUUCAGUUCGAAUAUUCAAUAUGGCAAGGGGAAAGGUGGUAGCUUCGGCGAUUCAUCAUUUCGAUGUGGUGACCUGUUUGGCACUGGACAGUUGCGGAUCGUACCUGGUAACCGGCUCGAAGGAUUGUACCUGCAUAAUAUGGUCGAUUAGCAACGGGACAUCGACCGGGACGACGAUCGUUUCGAACCUUCAGCCCAACACGGCCGCGUUGAAUCAAAAUCUGGCCGGAAACGUGGUCGGGAGUGCAAAUGUGGUUCAUUUAACGAACAAUCUCACCCCCAAGCCCGUCCAUACGCUGUACGGCCAUGAUAAUAGCGUUUCGUGUGUUUCAAUCAUGACGGAACUCGAUGUUGUAGUAUCAGGAUCUCUGGAUGGUACCGUAAACAUGUAUACCAUUAAGGAGGGACAAUUUGUGAGGACAAUAAAUCCAAUUGGAUGCACUGGUGUAAACAUAGAAAUAUCAUUCAUCACACAAUCUUAUCAAGGUCAUGUUGCAUUUUCUGCAUUCGACGACACAUCACAUUCGGUUCACGUGUUCAGUAUUAAUGGCGUUAGUUUAGGCUCCAAGUAUGUGUCUGGCCGCGUAACAGGACUGACAACCUCCACGGACCACCUGGUUGUCUCCGACGAUGCCGGCGAUCUUACCAUGAGCCGUUUAUAUGGAUUGAAGCCAAUCUUUGACAUUCCACUUCAUAUUCCAACCCAAACAAUCGUGGCCACUGGCGGUGGAACUCAUCUUCUAGCACCACUGCGCGACGGAAGCCUGGCCGUGAUUGGCAUCAUGCAGCCCAUUGCCUACAAGAAGCACGCCGUCAUGAUGGUGUAAAGAUAAAAAAAAACCUCUCCCUGGAGUGUAACUCGUCAAUUACAGUAUUCCUUCUGAUUUCAAGUGCCACAUGCGUACGUGUGUGCGUGUGUGCACUCUUCGAAAUCUUAUUCCCUCCCCCUUAACAUGGGUAGUUUGUGUUUGCCCUAAAGUUAGACAAAAUAAGAUACAACCUGAUAACCCUUCUGGGAAUAAUAUACCGGUAUAAUACAUGAAUGUUAACGAUCGUGGGGUAGUAGUAGAAACGUUGAUUCAACCGUAGUGAGCAAACCGCAAUAGAUGAAUAUUGUUUGUGAUGAUUGGCAACACCUAACCAAUAAUUGUAGACGCAACACACACCUCCCACUGAACGCUGAACGCUAUGCGUUUCUAGAUUUGAGGAACAAGUUGAGAUUAGUGUGACAACAUUAUUGCAUAUUUGGUGUGAUUUUAGAAGAAUUGUUAUUUCUAAUAUAUGUUGUUAUUUUAUGGAUGUAUAAGUAAACCAGCAUACACAUAA